AUGAACCCCUAUCCGCAGGUGUGCGAGGAGGGUCCGGAGCAUCGAGCCAUGGUGCGGAAGGGGCCGGAAGGGACGGAGGUGCACACGCUGCUGAUGGAGGGAAUUGUGAACGGACCCGUGGAAGCAGCCGUCGCCAUGACCCGCGACGUCACCUUUUUCAAAGAAUGGUGGCCGCAGCAGAACAUGCCUGUGUACAAGGUGAUUGAGAACCGGUACCUGAAGCGAAUUGGCGACGGCUUCGACCUCACUUAUAUGAGUUUGCUCACUGUCACCAACUUCUCCUUUGUCCCCCACCAGCCGCCAGAGGACAGCACUCUCAUCAACCCAGCCAAGCACGGCUUCCCCCGAGACGCCGUCCCACCCGCUCCAUCUGGCGUGGUCCGCAUGGCCAUCAACGGCGGCUUCACCGUGAAGGACUUGGGUGAGAAUCGCUGCCACUACCGGGGAAUCUUCACCGUUGAUCUCAAGAUGCCGCCCGCGCUGGUCAACUUUGUAACCAAGGGGUUUGGCGGAAUGCUGUUCACGGUGUUUAGCAAAGAGAUCGAGUCUGAUUUGGCGGAUACGAAGGGCAGCAAGGGGAGGGCGUUCCGGAAGGUUCUGAAGGAGGAGCAGCUGUAUGUGAGGAUCAGCGAGGCCAUGCGCGAGCACCGUGCUCGGAAGGAGAAGCGGCAGGAGAGAGAUGGGCGAGGAGGAGCGGCGGCAGCAGCAGUGGCAACAGCAGCAGCGACGGGAGAGGAUGGGGAGGAGGGUGAGGAGGAAGAGGAAGAGUGGGAUGGAGGGAACUCCGAGGCGUUCUACUCUCCCGCCUCCUCCUUCUCCUCCUUCUUCCAUGCGCACUCCCUCCCUCCCCUGUCCCUCGACCACGCCCUAGCCACUGAAUCACUCAACCCACACGCCACAGGAGGCAUGCAGCUUCGUGACGCGCCUCAAGUAUUCUCACAGACCAGGGGUACGAAUCGCCGCACGAGUGCUCCUCCUCGCUGCAGAUCUUCCGUCCCCAGGGGGGGAAGGAUGAUCGGCUCUGCAGCUGCGGAGGUGGAAGAAGCAGAAACAGGAGGAGCAGCGGGAUGGGUUGGCAGGGGUCGGUUUGGCUUCCGAAGCAGCAGGCGCAAGGCAGAGGAGAGAGCUCGCAGACUCACAGAAGCCAUUCCUUCCUUCUCCUCCUCUCUUCACACCCCCUCAUCACCUGCCACCUCCCUGGCCUCCUCCCUGUCCCAAGCCCGCCUUGAAGAUCUGGGCCUGAUCCCUGUCAUCCCUGUGUCCCCUGUGGACUCAGCACAUACAUCUGCUCACGAGGCAGCAAGCUACCGGCCCCACCACAGCGACCUGUGUCAGCAGAUGCAGCCGGGUGAUUUUGACAGAAUCGUGGCAGGAGGUGCUUCAGAAAGCAAGGGAGUGUUUGGCAGCAGUGGGAAGGGGAAUGGGGAUGUAGGAGGCAAGACAGGUGGCGGGCUGACCAGCCGCAGGGGCAGCACGGGCAGCACGGGCAGCGUUGGCAGCGUUGGCAUGACUGGUAGUGGCAGCAGUGCUGGCAGCAGCAGCAGCUCUUGGUCUGCUAGCCCUGUUCUAUGGGAGGAGAGGAGGGUGUCUGAAGCAGGGAACCGUGGGCCUGCUGGUGCUGGUGGGACAACAGCAGGCGCCUUGAGCCCUGGGUGGGACUCUGGAAGCACUCACAGCAGCCGAAGCAGCAGCAGCAGAGGCAGUAGUAAUGUGCGCACUAGAGGAGCAAGCAGCCCGAGUCACGGGCAGGUUAAAGAACAACCGUCUGGGGCACCUGGCGGCAAGGGGUUCGGCCGUUACUGUGAUGCGAUGCCAAAGCAGCAAGUGGAGGUGAAGCGAAGGCAGGCAACAGAGAGACGGUUCCUCAAUUUCUUGAAAGGAGGACGAGAAAUUGAUUUUGGUGCUUCAUGA